AUGAAGGAAACUGAAAGGCCAAUGCCACCAUUGGCACCAAUCCAGUCCAAAACUACAACGCUGAGUCAGUCGUUUGGUAGAAAUUCUAGCAUACCAGGACUUGGCAUUAUUAAUCCCCAGAUAAUUAGGAUACAGCCUGUUACAGGAACUGAGCAGCAGCAGCAACUAUUCCUGCAUAGUUCUUCUGAGUCUCCAGUCCAGUUGCUUAUGCAGAGACCUCUACCAUCUCAUGGAUCAGUGUCUGUGAACAAGAAUCCCACAUCUAAGGUGCUAAAUGGACAGAAAGCUACACGGGCCACAGCUACACGGGCUAUGAGGUCUCCAAAUAUUGCCACGGUUGCAGCCAGUUCAGCAAAUACUCUGAUACCAUGCCGUGAAAAAACCCACAAAGAUGACAAGUUAAAAAAAUCCUUGAAAGUGAAAACUCGUUCUGGACGGAUUUCACGCCCCCCAAAAUACAAAGCUAAAGAUUAUAAAUUCAUUAAAAUGGAAGACUUGGCUGAUGGUCAUCAGUCUGAUUCUGAUGACUAUUCCGAGCUGAGCAUAGAAGAUGAUGAAGAAGGAAAGGUGAAGGGAAAGGAUGUGUUAUUCAGUUCCUCAAAUUAUAAUCUAAAACCCAAAAUGUUUAAAUGCCAGACUUGUGAGAAGUCCUAUAUAGGAAAAGGAGGAUUAGCAAGACAUUAUAAACUUAACCCAGGCCAUGGACAGCUGGAGUCUUUACCUCAAAAAAUACCUUUAAAUAAGCCCAAUGGAAGUAUGUUUGUGGACAGUGCCUGUGGAAUAAGAGAGGAAAUUAAGAGUCCAGGACACUUGGAUUCAGUUGCUGUCACUUUAAAUAAUGAAAAUGCACUAGCUACCAGUCUGGAAGAAACUGUUGAUUCAAAGGCUGGAGAACAGACUUGCAAGUCUGCAGAAGGCAGACACCUGUUGGCAGAACAACAAAAUGAAACAAGUUCAGGCCACCAAGGACCUGUAACUCCUAAAGGACCUGGAAGACCCAGACGACCAAAGAGACGUGGUCGACCACGGAUGGGUGGAAGAUCUAGGUGCUCUGGAAGGCUUAGCAGACCUGGUCAGUCCCCUUCAAAGUCACUUAGUAGUGUGUCAGCAGAACACAAUGUAUUCAGAAGAAAAGCUAGGUUAAAAGAGCUAAUACAACAGUGCGAUAACGAAGACUUGGUGGAGCUGGCUCUUCCACGUCUUACAAAGCUUGUUACAGUAUAUGAAUUUCUGUUGAUGAAGGUUGAAAAAGGGUAUCCAGCCAAAGCUUACUUCCCGGAUGUGUAUAGGGAAUUUGAAAACUUGCAUAAUAUGGUAAAGAAAAUGGCUUAUGAUCACCUCAGUAAUUCUGGUUUGCUGAGUUGCCAGCAGCCUGUUGAAAUAAAAGAUGCUAAGGUUGCUGAAUCACUAGGAAUUACAGAAAUACUCGUUGGAGAAUGGAAGACGCAAGGUGUAGACGCUUGUUCACAAUGUAUAACUAAAAUGGUUAGUGAGCAAGUGCCUGUGGAGAUACUGGGACAAAAACGGUCAGCUGAGAGCUCAGGGGAGGAACUGUUGCCACCAGCCAAAAGGACCAAGGUAGAAGACGUAAUGGAGAAUAUGAAUAAUGCUUAUGCCAGUCAAGAUGAAGUGAAAGAAAAGACUGGGAAUCUGUGUACACUGUUUGAAAAAGAUGGUUUUAUUCCAUUAAAUGGAGAUACCCUGCUUUCAGAAGAUAGGCAUCCCACUUGCUGCACAACUAGAAGUACGCUCCUGACAGCAGAGGAACAUAAUUCACUUCCUGAUUCGGGAGUUAGAAUCAAUGCUGAAAAUUCAGGUACCUUCUCCCAGACUCUGAAAAUGAGGAUAGAGUAUUCCCAACCCGUGAACGUCCAGGGACCAGAUCUGGCAGGUAAUGCGUCUCUGCUCCACACUGAAGUUGUGUUGCCUGGUGGAGCAGAGGGCUCACCUGAACUAGUUCAGGCGUGCUUUGUGAGCGAGAACACGGCAGCUGGGCUGUCAGCUCCUGAACUUCACGGCUCUGCGUCAGAGAACACAAUGGGCGGUCAGAGCAGUCGCUUACCAACAAGUGAGGAGAAAGGUCACAAUCAAAAAUAUCAACAACUGCAAGAAGAAAACCGGAAUUUUGCAAUUAAAGAACAUUCUGAACAACUUCAUAAUACUGAUAUGACUGACAAGAUGCAGGAACUUGAGAAGGUUUUUUCAACAAACGUGCCAGUGAGCUACCCACAUGGUGUUCAGGCCGAGUUGCACCAGAGCCCUGUCCAGGAUGCCUGCCUCUCUGCUCACGUGAGCCACGAAAACUCUUUCAAAAAUGUGAAUGCAUUUUCUUGUGGGACAGAGGAACAACACGAGCUGGAGAAUACAGUUACUGUAGAUGGAACUGUAGCCUUUGAGAUUACUGAUGAGAGCCAUGAAUUUUUGUCUCAGGGACACGAACAGAUUUUUAUUCAGACUUCAGAUGGAAUUUUCCUGUCUCAUCCAGAUACUGCUGUUUUGUCUCAGGCAGAAGGCAUCGUUAUUGUAACCGAUUCCAACGGUACCACAAUGCACAUUCGCACACCUGAGGGGAUACCUUUGGAAACCGUGGAAGCACUUCUGGCAAUGGAAGCAGAUGGCCAAAGUGAAGACAUUUUGCUCUCGCAAGGUGAAUUGGAGCCAUAAAUUAGAAAACUGUAUAUGCUUUCUUCUGGAAAAGACUGACUAUAAAUGUAUAUUUUUCUAAUGUGAAUAUAGAAAUAAUUGAAAUUUAACUUAUUUGUAAACUGUUUCUAUGCCCUGUACUUUUUAUAACUUAUGUUUAUAUAAAUCUAGCAGCAUUGCAACCAAAAAUUCUAGAAUUAACGUUUUAUUUGCUUUAUAUGUUGGGGGUGGGUGGAAAGCAGAAAUCUGUCAACCCUAAAACUGUUGCACUAUGCCCUUUUGUUAUAUAAUUCCUUUUCUCUCUAGCCAUCUAAAAAUGCAGUAAGUUGUACUGCUGUUCAGCAGUGAUGUGCUGUGUACUAGCAAGUUGUAUAUGGGUAAAAUAAAAACUGUAU